AUGUCUACCUCAUCUUCCGAGUACGCUUCUAACAACGUCAUGGUUAACGUCAACCCUUUUAGUAGCGAUGGCAACCACGUGAUGGGCGAAUCCUUUGGUCGCUAUAAUGACUUCGUAGUGGUCUAUUUCAAUGGUGCCAUUGUCACCUCGAUGUUCACUUGCUUCGAUAAUGAAGAUACAGCCUUGUUCCCACGACCAACCGGUAUACAAUACGAGUACAAAGGUCGUAAAGGUUUUGUUGAUGAAUUUGGUAUCAAGCACUACGGUGCUAAUAAAAACGAGACUGCCCAAGUCCUUUGCCUCUUGGACCACCUUAUUACUUUCAUCAAUCAAAUUGGGAAGCAACAUACCCAUAAGGACGUAAAGAUUAGAUUGAUCAUUAGAGAUCCUACUCUCGAGGUCUUUGAUAGCGCCCAUCCAGAAGCCAAAAAGAUCUUAGAAAAGCUAUUGCGCCCUUACCCUUUCACGACCGAUGGGACCUCGGUGUACGGACGCUUGAAGCUCCCUGUACUACCCGAGGAAGUCAAUGUUAUCAUUUUAAAGCCCAAGUGCUCUGACCAGGAUCCCCGGAUUGCUGAAAAACUCAACAAGCAAUGCCGACUCCGUCCAAAAGUUCGAGAUGAACAUAGGUCCUCGGUCGAACCCAAUAGAGUCAGAAUUGCCAAAACAUCGUACCCAAUGGGCCAAAACAGAUCUGCGAGUCCAUCUGCUGUUUUUCUCUUGAAGCAAGGAAUUAGACUUAUCCUUCAUUUUGUCUUGGAGGACCAUGUCAUAAAGCAAGCAUUGGAAAUGGGGCACCGCGAAUCGAUUCGUGAUUUCUUGAGGACGAUAAAGCCAGUCACAUGGAUAUCGGUUGGCUAUGUUCGAUUAGCCACAGAGCCUAAAUACAUUUCAUCUGCACACAGUUUGAAUAGGAAGAUGACUGGCACCGAGAUGGCAGAAGAAGUACGCCUUUACUAUGCCGUUACCCGUAAGCCUAUUACUGCAGAUGAUUCACUUCACCUUCUUCACGAAGUCUUAUCUAGCAUGGCUGCCAACCCGAUUACAGCGGCCAAGCGUGCGGCGGCAGCAGCUGCACGAAAACCCUUUGCUCGUCUUGACUACUCCAAGCAAACGUCUCAAGUCGAUGCCUCUGCCAUUUCAAGCUGUGGCCGAAGAGUAUCUCACCGCGGUGGUCUAGGCUCAGAGAGUAGUGGACCUCACCAAGGCAGCGUGCAUCAAAGCCGAAACAAGCAAUACCCAACUGGUACGUUAUCCCGGACACAACAGCGUACCAUUGAGUCAUUUCUACAGGGAAUAACACAGAGCAGUACAGUCAAUGUUGAUCCAUCAUGUAGGGGUAUACACUGGAUCGUUUCAGCCACGCUAUUGCAACCACACGUAUCAAAUGCCAUAGCACACCUUCGCCAAAUAACAGAGCGCGCUAUUAGAGUGCAUUCAUCUGAGCAUUUUCCUCCAGGAGACAAGGGAUCACCAACCAUCUCAACACCCAAGGUCAACGUUCAGCUCCAUGGAAGGUUCUCUAUGCCACUCGUUGAUUCACUGGUAGACGCCGGGCUGCUAAUAGAAUCAAAUGCGUCGUGGGCAAACAUGGUAUUAUCUGAAACUCAACCUAUAUUCGUGGUCGCAGACUCGAAGGGUAUACGAGAGUGUAAGCUCACUCACAAUUCAUGUGCAAUUCUUGAGGAAUCGUGCCCACCUCACGUUGGUAUAUCAAGUCCACAAGCCAAAGCACAAAGCUAUUCGUUUCGUUCGCGUGGUAUAAUGACUGGCAAUGGUACCGGUCCAUCGAUCACGAUACAUAGAUCAGGAACGCUACAGUACCAAGGCAAACCAGAGAACGCAUAUACUGUGGGCAAGUGUUUUAAAGAGUGCAUUGAGUCCAUUUGCCGGGGCUUUUAUAAUGGAUGGGUUUAUCAUCUUCGGUCACCCCUUCCUCAGCCUAACUUCCAGCACCGUCUUUCCACUGGACCCGCUCCCAAACUGGAACCUUCAAAACCUUCGGCAUCGGACCCUACCACCUACCUUCCACAUCUCGCUUAA